CGAAGAUCUGGCGGAGGGAAAACGCGGGGGCUAGGUGCUGCUGCAGCCGUGUGAGAAGAGAGGAGUCAUUAGUUGGUGCUAUCGGAGCCAAGAGAGACAUGGAUACAGCCGGAGCGGUUGAGGAUCCAGCCCAGCGAUCAUCUGGCCAGCAGCCGCAGCAGCAGCAGUGGGACCGCUUCGAGGUGGUCCUGUCGAAGCCGUCCGGUAGCCAGAAACUUGGAAUGGUCCUGAAACAUGCUCAGGUAUGUGGAGAAGAGCGCCUCAAGAGAGGGGCCUAUCUCGCCGGUCUGGCGGAGGGCCCGAGCCUGGCGCAAGACCUUGGCCUCUCACCAAAGGACAGGCUUAUCCUCGUUGAAGGGUUGGACGUCAAGACGCUGCCGUUCGACCGCAUCGGUGAGAGAAGAGCGACAGACAGCAGUCGCACGCGCGUCUACGGUAUUGGAGGAGGUUUUUAA